CCAGAUUUACCUCGUAGUAGGAUAUUUCUUUUAUGAUAAAACCCCCUCCUCUGACCAUGAACACUUCUGGCAUCUUUAUUUCAGUUCUUCACGAUUCAAAGCUUGCAUCGCCCCCUCAAGUGUGGAUUUGAGAGCUUUUCCGACGACCUCUACAGCAACUUUUCAAGCUCGGGAAUUCACUACCAAUCUUUAUUUCCUUGAUAACCAGAAGACUGCGCUCAAUCCAGAGUACACGGGCUCUUCAGGUUGAAUAAAACCUCCUGUCAAGAGUGGUCGCAUUUUUCUGCCUCUCAACAUCACCACCCAAGAGCGACUGCUGGCAAGAAGAAUUCUGUAUAGUUUGCCUGGAAUCUAUUUAUACCGCGCUCGACAGUGAAUCAGUUGAUAUCAAAUAUAAAUUCUCUUGCUCAGAGAUAGUCAUGUUCGAUUUAGAAGAUGAUGACGCCUCCAGGCGCGAAAAGUGCUACACUACUGUGACCCAACUGCCUCAUUUCAUCGAUCCUAAGCAACCACCCACAAAAAGGCCUCCAUUCCCAGCAAUCCUAAGUCAUCCAUUUAUUCAUACGGUCGAAGUCAUUCUGCCCAUGGAGGGUUACUCGUCGAUUGAAAGCUCAUUGGACUCAAAAUUGCAAAAGCUCCAAUAUGCUCGAGUCUCUAUGACUCUCUCUUCAAUCAUCCAUGGAGAGUUCUUUAACACUUAUAUAAAAUCAGGGAACAUUCUCAUGAUAUCUGAGGCCCAGUCAAGCUCAGAAAAUGUCUUUACUCUUAGAGAUGGAGUUUUGCGACUAGAGCUUGCGAAGGAAUGUUUCGAACGGACUGGGUUUACAGGAAAACCAGUUCGCACAGGUGGCAAGAAACACACCAAAGAAAGAUAUCUGGUCGAAAUCAACCUCCGGCUUCCUUCAAUGUUACAUGGCAAGAAAGGCUUUCAAAGGAUAGAGUGGGCUUUCAAAAAUGUCCUCAACACCCCAGUAUCCUGGUUAUUUUUCGACCUUGGAACCGAGUCAAAGGGCAUUCAAGAUGAUGAUAUCACAUUGAAGGGCAAUCAUCCAGAAAUCAUCUCCCGCGGCCCCUCCCGCACAACUCACAGAAAUAUCAGCACUCCAUCAUUCCACGAAUGGAAAAUUACCGAGGAAUCUUUGGAGCCGCAUCUGAAAGAUUCCUGUGGCGAUAUUGCAGAGUGGCUAGCAAUGGUUUCUCUAGAAUCAGGUCGGGUAUCUGCAAAUGAUGAUAUAGACUCAUAUCUGUCUCGAUACGAUGCCCCAGAAAUCGGGGAGGCCGGAUCCUGUGAUUUAGUUAGUCUCAAAUGGCGCGGAUUUAUCCCUCCAAAGUGGAUUACCCAGCUAUUCAUUACGCUUUGUCGUGAAACUACUUCGCAGAAAGUCGGAUCGUCUGUCUGGUUUAGCUUAUCUGCGAGUGCACUGGGGAGAGAUGCGGUAGAAAGCAAGGAUGGGUACACGAUUAUGGUACUCCCACCUGGAAGGUCCUCCUGCGUCGAGGGGGGGGUGGAGAAGGAAGAAGCCAAUAACGUCAAGGAUAAUCGUAAUUUUGUCUGUUGGGAAUAUGUCGGUGCAUCAACACUAUAGAAUUUAGCUGUUUUAGCUCUUCUGAUGUAAAAAUAUAUUGCGC